UUUACUUGUUAAAAGGAAAUAAAUAAUUGUCUAUUUGGAGUUCUUCAGUAACUUAUUCUGAAUGAAAAGUAAUUCUUUUUCAGGUUAUCAGAACAAUCUUCGUGUAGUUUACUGUCAAAACCGUGGUUCAUCAAAAGCGAAAAGCAGUCGGUAUAUCUCCAAAGUCCCUGAAAAGAUCUUAGAUGCACCUGAACUUUUGAAUGACUUCUGUGAGUUGUUGGCACACUUGUGUAAUUGAUAUUCGUAUUUGAUUGUCACUAUUCAGAAAUCUUAAAAACUGUAGUAAUAAUUAAUGUGUAUCACUAAAAUUACAGGAACCACUGAGUAUUUUAAUAAAAUAUAAAACAACUGUACGGUAACUGCGAAAAUAAACAUUUUAAGAUUCAAAUGAAUAUUAAAAUGUUUAUUUUCGGAGUUACUGUUGUUUUAUGUGUAUCAAACAAGUAUAACUGGCAGAGCCGUUGCUGGGGGGUGGUGGUGUCGGCAAAAUGAAGGAUUUUGUCAGCAAUUUUUACAUUGUCUAAUCAAACUUGGCCUGCCUAAUUUGUUGGCAAAACUUUAAUACCACACACACAUCCUGCUUAUAAGCCUCUUCGCGAUGGCCCUGAUAAUUGAGUAUGCGAAACAUUUGCUGGCCGUCAUGCUGUAUGUGUCGCUUUUCACUUCAUGACCUUACCAAUUAACUGAAAUAUAAAAUAUUAACGGCUUAUUGACCGAGCGUGAGGUCUGUACUGUGAAAUAUCAGACCGAGGUUUUUAGUAUGAACCGAGCGACGAAGGAGCGAGGUCCAUGCAAAAAAGAGAGGUCUGAUAUUUCACAGCACAGACCGAACAAGCGAGGUCAAUAAUCGGUUUAUUAUAUGGCUGAACUGAGUCUGUGAGCAUAUGCUUUUCGCGCAAAUUAAAUCGGCCGCUAUCAUCAGUUUCACUGGGUAACAAUAUACGGUGGGCUGAUGCAUGCUCAAUCAAAAACAAUUUGGUUGUUUGAAAUUUUUAUCUGUAAAUUUUGAUGACACACAAUUGGAAAAUUAAAAAGCAAAAAAUUUUUCUGUUUGCAAAGCAAAAAUUUCCUGCCAGAUAAACGACAUCCGGGACACCGGUCCAGAUACGGAAAAUACGGACCACGGUCGGACGGUCCGGAUAUGUGUUUUUACGGACCGCUUGUCAACCAAUCGGAAUAGAGAAUUUUGAAAAGCCAUAUAAUAUUAUUUUUUUUUUCUUGCGGUCCGAAGUCGUAUUUUACGCUUUUCUGCAAUCUGAUUGGGUACGUGAGCGGUCCGUAUGAGCCCAUACGGACCACGCGAGAUUUAAAGCCGUAGAGCCAAUGUUUUUAUUUUUCAAAAUUUAAAGACGAGUUUAAAGGCUACUUUUUUAAAUAUUAAAAUGUCUGCAGACGAUGAAGAACACAGUGAAAGCGAAUUUUACUAUCUCACAAAAGAUAUUACUCUUCCCGAUAGCAUUGAUAGAAACGACGUUUUAUUUGGCAGCUUCAUUCGCGUGCGGGAGGAGUGAUUGGGGAAAUCCAGAGCAACAACAACCAAAUUACUGUUUAAACUCGAAUAUUGAGACUUGAGUUUUGACCAGUUUUUGUUUUACAGAAUAAAGAAACUCAUUUGAAAAAGAGCGCAGUGAAAGAAACUACGGGUACUGUUCUUAUUGAUGUUUGUUCAUUCCUCCUUAUGUUACGUUUCUAGAUUUGAAUUUGGUUGACUGGGGUUCUAAUAAUUGCAUUGCAAUUGGUUUGGGAUCUGGAGUAUACAUUUGGAACUAUGAAACACAGGCAACAAAACUUCUCCUAGAAAUACCAAAUAAUGAUUAUGUGUCAAGUGUGUCUUGGGUGAAAGAUGGCAAUGUUCUGGCAAUUGGCUGCAGUAAUACUCGUAUUCAUGUGAGUAUAGCAUAUGGCGUUUUACAGUUCAGUAUGUAAAGCAAACCUUAUCUGCGCACAAUUUUGCACAAUGUUUUUGAGGCCAGCUGUCCAAUUGCUAUGCAUGAUAACGUGACUUGUUAUGGAACCUCUUACAUUUAAAUUAUUUAUCAUAAAGUCUUAAGAUGCCAUUCCAUGGUUCAUCCUACGAGAACGAAGUGUGUGAUAAACCUCUCAAAGCAAAGAGGUUUUUAUUUGGGGGCACGAAUUAAAAUACGGACAGCAGGAAUUUAAGCCUUCUGCAUUUUCGUGCAUCGUUUAUAACUCCCGAAUGAAAAUCCUUUGAGAGGCAGACCUGCAGGAAGUCUACAUUUAACCCUAAUCUAACUUCAAACCCAAUGCUUUUCACAACACUCGCGAUAUUCGCGGGAAGUUUAAAUGCCGAGAAAAGUAAACAUGGCCGAGUUAAAUUGUGAAAACGAUAAAACAAGUGCUGAAUGCGAGUUUCUGAGACCAAAAAAUUCAAAAGAAGGGUUUGUAAGUUCGGGAAAGUUGAAAAAAGAUAAGGUUGCAGUGAUGAAGUAGAUAAGGUUGCAGUGAUGAAAAAAGGAAAGAUUUUAAACGAAAGCCUCGUUGGGAUGCCUGUAUUCGACCUUAUUUGACCAGUCGUUUCCAGCACACGAUGCCCUCGAAGACGUUAAAGCACUCCGAAGAAUUCUCUUUCAGUCCAAUUUAACAUUGACCAGCGAAAUUAUCGUUUCAAAAUCGAAUGUCAUGUCGUGUGAAAAUGCGUUAGCUGUCGUCCAGCAUAUGGAUCUUUCUUACGAUCGAUUCCAAACUAACAUGGGCAAUCUCCACAAUCCCGAAGUCAAUGGCCAAUAAGAUAGCAGAGAGCGGCAUGACAUUCACAGAUCUGGUUGCAUUAUUCAGACAAGGUGGAUGUGAAGGCAUCAUUGCUGUUCUUGGCUUGCCACCUUCAACCAUGCGAACUUCAAAACCACGGGUAACAAAAAAUCGAAGAAUCUUGAACGAUAUAUGUUCAUAUUUUGUCUCUUCAGUGUAAUUCUUAGAUCUUACUAUAAAUUUCCAUCAUAUUACUCAAUUAAGUAGACGGUGUUGUGUUUACUCGCGAGUAAUUUGCUCACGUCAUUAUAAUUUCAAUAUUUCUGGACAAAAAGCCUUGUAUCUCAUUAUAUGACCUGGUGACCUAUGUUGAAAAUUUGCGUAUGGUUUUGUAUCGCAAAAAACUUUAAUUAUACCAAAAAUAAAAAAAAUCUGUAAUGCCGAAAAUAUUUUAUUAAAGAAAACAACAUUUUUGUCUUCCUAAAAAAAUGGCAUUACAGAUUUUUUUUUUAUAUUUCGCAUGUCGAUAAUUUAUAUUAUAGGUAAAAACAUGCAAGAAAAAAUUUGGGGGUCACCAUGCUUUUUCAUGUACUAAACGAAAAAAUAGGCCAUUCUACAGUGAAUUCUGUAUGCGUGUGUUGCCGUAGCAACAGAAUAUAUGACUCCAAAAUGAAUAUAUGACUCCAAAAUACAUUAAAAUAUAUAAAAACUUCCAUAUCUGCUUCACAAAACAAUAAAAUACAAAGAUCAAGACCGUCGAACUGCAAGACACCUGAUUUUCAAAAAACUGUAUCGAGCCACCUUAAGCAAUGCAAACUCAAUCGGAAAUCACAUUUCCUUUCUAAAAUAUAACACUUUUAUCUUUUCCCAUCCACUUGGCAUCAUCUUUUUUACCAGCCUUGAAAACCUGAACGCCCUGUCAAAAUUUUCCUGUAGCAGUGAGGGCGUUGUCCCCUAUUGUUUGCUGCUUUGUAGUUUGUAUGUUGUGUUUUACAUGCAAAUUUUAAUUUUUACACUCAGAAUAGUUAGCUAAUAUAGUGUGUAUUAAAAAGUAAUCCAAUUUCAGCAUGUUCGUAUACACAGCAAGCAAAUUCGGACUUUAGCUGUCCAUUGAUACCUUUUUUGUAUCAUUAUUUAAGAGAAGAUGGCCAAAUACUAAUCGAUGGUGAAAAUUUUCCACCGUUGAGAAUUUGGUGAAAAAACUAUUGAAAGUAUUAAAAUCUGAACCGACGAAGGUCUUAGUUGUUUGACCGAAACGUCUUCUGAUAUUUUAACAUUUUAAAAUAAAUUUUUUAACCAGUUUCAACCUUCCAAGCUCUACUUUUAGCUUCCAUUCUGUCUUCCACUGGUUGCAAUUUUAACACUUUUCGAAUGUUAAAAUCUCAUUUGGAUGUAAACUUAAUCAAUUUUAAUUUAAAAAGCCCUAACAUCUGGACACAUCUUGGUCAUUUUUGCUUGAAAUGAUACAAAAAAGGUGUCAUUCGAAAGCUAAAACCCUAAUCUUUAUUACUGUGAAAAAAUUAAAUCUGAACACGUAAUAUUGAGCGCACAAAAGAACUCUAUUUAAAGCUGGAUUACCUUUCUUUUGUACACACUGUAGUGUACAAAAAGCGUCACCGCCCGCCUCUAGAUUUUUGCCGCCUCUGAAUUUUUUUAUGUAAAUCUCUUCGUUUUACAGCUUAAAACAUAUUUGAAAUUUUUCUCAUGCUCAGACCUUCGCGGUAUAUACUGAUCGAUAGGAGCGCGUGGGCUUGGGUAUACAAGGUUCUUAUAGCAAAAUGGCGGCCUUCGCAACAUCAGUACAAAAUAUUUCACCGAUAUGGUGGAAAAACCGCCCUCAUUCCCCGAAAAAAUACGAUUAAAAAAUUAAAAAACGAGUAAAAAUUAAAAAAAAAACCCGCCCGCCCGCCUCUGAAAAUUUGUGAGAGUGUGACGCUAACCAAGUAUUUUUUUUAUUUGGCCUUAGUGAUGAAAUUUUUUUGUUCAAAUUUUAAGUUGGAUUAGGCACAUUGAUAUUUUCAUUUAUGUUCAGUAGUUGUUGAGUGUUAAUAAUUCAAUUCUCAUUCAUUUAGCUCUGGGAUGUUGAGACAGAAAAACCUCUACGAACUAUGUUGGGUCAUGCUGGAAGAGUGGGAUCAUUAGCAUGGAAUUCUUGUAUUCUGUCAAGGUAAUUUUGGAAAGAUUGUAGAUUUUAGGAUUGUUAAGUUACUCGUAUGCAUUCUCUUUGGUCAAGUAUACAAUAUAUACCUUUCAAAUUGAUCGACAUUCGACACACCGGCCCUAUCCGUCUUCAAAUGGCAAAGUGGGUAUAUAAUCGUAUUUGUGUUGUACAUGCAGUAACUACCUGAGAAAGAAAGAAAAGGUAUAACUUCAUUCUCCGACUCCAAUCAUGUAGGCUACCGUACUGCAGAUACUGUUGCUGUAAAUAACUGUAAGCUCGUUAUAAUGUUAAUAUGUAGUAAGUGGAAAGAAACCUAUUAUAAUAAGAAAAUCGGAAACACUUUUUGUUGAUGACCAUCCACUUAGAUUAAUUGUUGGUUGGAUACUCAUACAAGUGCCCUUGGUCACAGAAUAGGAAGUUAUACCAGAAGCGUAACUCGAGCAAAUAUUUGUCCUCGUUUUUACAAGCGAUUCGUCAUCAAUCACGCCAUCCUGGCUAGUACAACCGGCACUUUGUACCUACCAAAUCCUGAUAAAAACUUCCGGCUGUACUAGCCAGCAUGGCGUGGCCUGACGUGAGCGAGUUAAAAUUUUCGUGGACGUCAAACAAUAAGGGAAACGACUAGAGUUACGCUUCUGGUAUAACUUCCUAUUCUGUGCCCUUGGUGUGCCAAAACAGCAUACAUGUAAGAAUUAGGAGAGGAAAUGGGGCAAAUUAAUUGUCUAUGUUAUAUGUCGUAUGUGUUUUCUUCGUACAGUGGUGGUCGAACUGGCAAGAUAAUUAAUCAUGACGUAAGAAUUGCAGAACAUAUCGUAUCAACACUUCAUGAACAUACACAAGACGUAUGUGGUCUAGCAUGGUCACCAGAUGGUCGCAUGUUGGCAAGUGGUGGAAAUGAUAAUCUCUUAAAUGUUUGGUCACCACUCGCUGUUGGUCAACUUCCUUUGCAUUCCCUCACUCAUCACCAAGCCGCAGUCAAGGUUAGUGUAUAUAGGUCAAACUUGAUGCCUUAUAACCUACAGUAUACAACAAGACAACUAUCACAAGGCCAGAUUACCGCACUGAAUGUUUUCUCCUUUCCAAUUAGCUAAUGACCUCAACAUUAAACUCUUUCAAUUUUAUAUUCUGGUAAUAUUUUAUGUAGCCCACAAACGAGAAUGUUUAGUUCUAAAUCUUGUCAUUGUAAAUUUUGUCGUUUACUUCUCUCAACGGCCGAAGUUGUUCCAGUUGAAGAUUUUUUCUUAAAAUUUUCCUAUCGCUUCUUGGUUGUUUUGGAUCGGCAAAGCCUUUACUCUGUUUGCUCGAUUUAAUCGUGAUGUUGUCUGAAUGCGUCAUGAGCUACGAUCUGCGCCAACAGAUAUGAAUUUUGAUUGAAUUGUAUGCCUGAAGACGAAGCUAUAUAGUUUUAAACAAAUUAUAUAAACAAAUUAUACUCGCACGAAUUAUACUGCCACUUUAAUGCUUAUCAAACCGUGCUCCUAUACAUGCAAAGGCCAUGAAAUUGAUUCUCUGUUAUGUUAUAUGAAUACAUCAUAACUUGCUACAAAAUGGAAGGAUAUAGGAGUACUCCGCGGCUCUGUUGCGACUCGAUUGAUAUGACAUGCAUCUUUGCAAGGACUUCACUCUGCUACAAUCGACGUUUAUGCAUGCUCUAAUGCUCCUAUAAUAGACCGCAAAGAGAUUGAAGUUAGAAAAUUUUCAAUGAUUUCAAGAAAAUUUUCGAUUUUACAAUGCCAAUUAAAUGCAUGCGGUAAUUUUAAUUUUCUGCUGACGUUUAAAUAGGGAGUGUCUUGGUGUCCAUGGCAAAGCAACGUGUUAGCAAGUGGCGGAGGUACAGCAGAUCGUUAUAUACGGUUGUGGAAUGUAACUACAGGAGUUUGUCUCAAUAGUAUUGAUACCAAGUCGCAGGUAACAGUAUUCAAUGCUAGCGGCAUACUAACUUAAUUAAUUUAAGUACAUACUUACAGUAUAUAUUAAAUGUUCCUUGAUUUAUUAUUGGAAUUUGAUUUAAUUUAAUUUUUAUAGAAUUGCUAUACAAUUUUAUAGAAUUGCUAUACAAAUAUGAGUCCCUGAUCUGAGUCCCUGAUCUGAAAAAUAGACUCUAAUUUAUAUGAAGGACCAUGCAAAUAUAUACGGGGACCAAAUCCAGGAAACCAUAUUUGCGUCCGGUGGGCAUGUCCCAGAUGAAUGCUCUGAUUAUGCUGGAUUAUAGUGCAGAGCUGAAUUGUAAUACACGUUGUUGACUUGCUAUAUAAGUCUUGCUAUAUAAGUCGCACGGUAACGCAUUACCUUGUCUCGCCUUGUAAGGAGUAGAAAGAGUGAGAACUAGUGAGUGAAUAAAACGAAUGGGCGAGCUUGACAAUUAAACCACAUGAGCUAGCCGCAAGUUUCGCUGAUUUGGCGCAUCCUGAACUAAACCUGUAUGCCGUGAAUUGGUUAUACGCCUUAUACUUCUGGGGCCGGUUGUUCAAAGUUUGGCGCUAACCCUGGAUUAAAAUUUAACGUGGUGUUUUAGUUUGUAUUUCUGCACGUCUGUUCAUUUCAAAACUUCAGAGAAGUAAACUCCUAUCGAUACAGACAAGAUCUCUGAAGAAAUAUUUCCAAAUUUAUAGACAAGCUGUCAAGAAGUUUGAUUUGAAUGUUAGGUUAACCUAGGGUUAAACUAACCCAGCUUUGAACAACCAGCCCCAGAUUUUAUGGAACAUUUACUGUGUAGCACUAAACAUUCGAAUAUUCAUUGACAGGUUGUCCUUCGAAAACCUCAGACUUUAAACUCUAAGCGCGCAAAGAGUGAUGGGUAACUUCUUUUUAGGCUUUUGAUUGGGCAAAUAUCCUAGUACACUGCUAGCUGUGCAUCUUUAAGUGCUUAUUAUCUUCUGUCUUGCCUUAGUUACAAUGCCGAAUUCGCACGUUUCAGACCUUUAUAAGUGAAAUUAUUGAAGACCUUAUAAUAGUGAGCAAGUGACGUUUUUGACAACACGGACGUCGACCGGAAGUAAAGUUGACGUUUUUCACCAAUCACAGUCCUUGACCCAGUCUUCUGACGUUACUCAUGCCGUUCGUGUUGUCAAAAACGUCACUUGCUUAAGCUCACUGCUAUUUUGAAACAGCUGUAUACUGUAGUAGUAGAUUUUACAAUGUUCUUAUGUAAACUGAUGGAACAAAUUGCACUGUAUAAUUCUUGCAAAUUCCAUUGCGUUGCAACCUAAUGAAACUGCAAUGGCCGUUUUAAUGAUACAUUUCCUGAUGAGUGAUAACUACAUUUUCCUAGAUAUCUAGUAUUCUGUGGUCGAAAGAUUACAAGGAACUUAUCACUGGACAUGGUUUUUCUAACAAUCAACUUUCCAUCUGGAAAUAUCCAUCCAUGACCAGAGUUGCUGAUCUGGUCGAUCACAGUGCACGUGUAUUGUGUAUGAGUAUGUCGCCAAGUGGUGAACAUGUAGCUUCAGCUGGUGCAGAUGAAACACUCAGAAUAUGGAAAUGUUUUGAUCGAAGUCAAUUGAAGAAAAAAUCCGCUGCUGGUGGAAUUGUUAAGAAGACCUUGAACACAAAUCUCACCAUGAUUAAUAGAAUAAGAUGAUGUAAUCGAAUAUCGACAUUGGUGUUUCCUGAAAUGAAGUUACCAUUUGGAUGUCCACAGCGUCGCGAUCUUCCAAGCAAUCCAGCUCUCUGACUUUGAUCAGAAAAUUGGUCGAUAUACGCUGGCAAGCCAAUGACGUAAGCCCAGUGCUAGUCUUUUACAUGUUUUGACUUCUAUAGUAUAAGUUAUUUAUUGCUCAUCGAUGAGGAAGUUGUCAAUAUUACAGUAAUAUUCCUUUAAUUGUAUUAAUAAUAAUAUAUAUGUAAAUAAUAUAUAUGUAACAGUUAUGUACCUAAUAAUUUAAUAAAAUCGUUAUUUAUUUUU